AUGGCAGACGACGAUGAAGGCUGGACCCGCGUCAAGCCCAGCAAGUGGGCCAGCCGUCUUCGAUCCGCCAACAGCGCUGCGAUCAAUCUGCCUGACCCCGGUCCUAAGCCCACCUCGGCCAAUCAGGUUAUUGUCCAGCAGCUUCAGAAGGACUUUGAGUCUAUCAAGAGUGACCUGGAUGCCUGGUUUCCCCAAGACGAGCUGCGUGGGAUUUUCUCGGCUUAUGUAGCUGCGCAUUCCCAAUCCGGCCAGGGCCCCGUCUCCCAGAUUGUCUGCUUUGGCAUUGGCUGCUUCGACCACCCCGAUGGCAACUGGCAGGCGAAGCGUACCUCAUACUGUCAGCUGGCGGCGCUGCUGCUUAUUGCAGAGGAACUUGAAAAGACGCAGGAUAGGGAGCCGUUCAACAUCAUCUUCCAGGAGCCUGCUUUCAACGCCAAUGACAUCGCCUUCAUCAAGUCUCUUGGCCAUACCGUUGUCGAUUCUCCAGAGGGCAACCAAUACAUCCACGCCAACACGCUCUUCUAUGGCCCUCACUUAUACUACCAAUUAUAUGCCGAAGCUCUCCAGGGUGAGCUGCCAGUGAUUUAUGUGGGCUCUGGCAUUGAAUGCUGGGAGCUGAAGUAUUGUCUGACUGCCAGUACCCAAUUCCUUCCGCGAGACCAUCCAGUUACCAUGGUCCCCCUCAAGAAGAUUUUCUCAGAAUACCAGAAGUUCCAAUUCCCCGAGGUCAAGAGCGGACUCAUUUUUUACAAGACAUACAUCUGCCUCCGGCCGCCAGAGGCUUUACCAGAGGCUGCUUAG